UCGAUUGGCUGCCGCCGGGGGGCGGCAUCCCUUAGUUCCCCAAAAUUCUGUUAAUAGCCUGGCUGGGCAGCUGUUCGCUUACUUUGCGCAAUCCCAGAGCUACGGCUCCGUUCUCCCCGUGUAAACUCCGCUCCGCUGGCAGAUGCAGCUGGAAGAACAGAAAUUGGCAGUAGGAUUCAGGCAGGUUUUAUCAUGCUACGAACAUUCAGAGACACAACUGGCAAGUUUGGGGUCCACCUUUUAAAGUGCCGUCGCCAUCAUAAACCUGUACUGGCAAUCAGGAGGGAAGAUGUUAGUGUUUGGGAAAGAAGAGCACCUCUAGCACCAAAGCAUGUUAAAGAGCUAACAAAUCUGGGAUACAAAGUCUUAGUACAACCAUCAAACCGGAGAGCCAUCCAUGAAAAGGAAUAUAUAAAAGCAGGUGGCAUUAUUCAAGAAGAUAUUUCUGAGGCAUCUCUAAUUGUGGGAGUGAAGAGACCUCCAGAGGAUAAAUUAAUUCCUAAGAAGAAUUAUGCAUUCUUCUCUCACACUAUUAAAGCCCAAGAGGCAAACAUGUCUCUACUGGAUGAAAUUCUAAGAAAGGAAAUUCGAUUGAUUGACUAUGAGAAAAUGGUUGAUCACAGAGGACUACGAGUGGUAGCCUUUGGACAGUGGGCUGGUGUAGCAGGAAUGAUCAAUAUUUUACAUGGAAUGGGAUUACGAUUUCUUGCCCUAGGACAUCACACUCCUUUCAUGCACAUUGGUAUGGCUCAUAACUACAGGAACAGCAGCCAGGCUGUGCAGGCAGUGCGGGAUGCUGGCUAUGAAAUCUCUCUGGGUUUGAUGCCAAAGUCGAUUGGACCCUUAACAUUUGUGUUUACAGGCACUGGUAAUGUUUCUAAGGGUGCCCAAGAAGUGUUCAAUGAACUCCCCUGUGAGUAUGUGGAGGCACAUGAACUGAGGGAGGUUUCCAAAUCUGGAGACCUUAGGAAAGUAUAUGGGACAGUGUUAAGUCGUCACCAUCAUCUUGUAAGGAAGACCGAUGGGGUGUAUGAUCCGGAGGAAUACGACAAACAUCCAGAACUCUACACUUCUCGUUUUAAUACUGAUAUUGCACCGUACACUACUUGUUUGAUUAAUGGAAUAUACUGGGAGCAACACACCCCUCGCUUGUUAAAUCGAUACGAUGCAAAAAAGUUGUUGGCUCCGGUUAAACCUUCUGCUGCUGCAACUGAGGGUUGUCCAGAAUUACCACACAAACUUAUGGCAAUAUGUGACAUUUCAGCAGAUACUGGAGGAUCCAUAGAAUUUAUGACCGAGUGUACAUCAAUUGACAGUCCAUUUUGUAUGUAUGAUGCUGACCAGCAUAUUAUUCAUGGCAGUGUGGAAGGCUCUGGGAUUCUGAUGUGUUCCAUUGACAACUUACCAGCCCAGCUUCCUAUAGAAGCAACAGAAUACUUUGGAGACAUGCUCUUAACUUAUAUUGAAGAGAUGCUGUUAUCUGACGGCUCACAGCCUCUCGAAAGCCAGAAUUAUUCACCUGUUGUACGAGAUGCAGUGAUUACGUCCAAUGGUUCAUUGACUGAGAAGUAUAAAUAUAUCCAGAAAUUGAGGGAGAGCAGGGAAUACUCGCGGUCACUAACCAGGGAUAAGAAGAGGGUCUUGUUACUUGGAUCUGGCUAUGUUUCUGGCCCUGUGAUAGAAUACCUCACUAGAGAUCCCAAUGUAGAAAUCACCGCAGUUUCUCCACUGACUCUUUAUCUCAGAACAGCAUCCAUCAUGAAGGAGCAACUUGGCCAGCUGACCAAGAAAUACAACAAUGUUACUUCUGUUCAUGUGGACAUCAUUAAGUGCGAGGAUAAACUGUCCUCCUUGGUGAAGACACACGACCUUGUGAUCAGCUUGCUGCCUUACUCAGCACAUCCUUUAGUCGCUAAGAAGUGCAUUGACAGCAAAGUAAACUUAGUGACAGCCAGCUACCUAACACCAGCUAUGAAAGAACUCCAGGAAAGUGUAGAAGCUGCUGGUAUUAUGGUUAUCAGUGAAAUAGGUUUGGAUCCUGGCCUCGAUCAUAUGUUGGCGAUGGAGUGUAUUGAGAAGGCAAAAGAUGUAGGCGCUACGGUCAUAUCGUACACUUCCUUCUGCGGUGGCUUGCCAGCUCCUGAAUAUUCUGCUAAUCCUCUGCGAUACAAAUUCAGUUGGAGUCCACAGGGUGUUCUGUUGAAUACAGUUCAGUCUGCCACAUAUUUAAAAGAUGGAGAGAUUAUUAAUAUUCCAGCUGGAGGAGCAUUGCUUGAUUCUGUUGCUGUCAUGGAUUUUUUCCCAGGAUUAAAUUUGGAAGGUUUUCCCAACAGGGACAGUACAAAAUAUGCGGAACCAUAUGGUAUUCAGUCAGCCCAUACCUUGAUAAGAGGCACCUUAAGGUAUAAGGGGUAUUCGAAAGCCGUGGGAGGCUUUGUAAAAUUAGGUUUAAUAAACCCAGAUCCAUAUCCUUUGCUUAGCUCAACGGCACCACCUAUAACCUGGAAAGCGCUGAUGUGUAAGCUGCUUGGACUCAAACCUUCUAUCGAAUCUGCUGUCCUUAGAGACGCAAUCUACAACAAACUGGAACAGGACAACAGUCAGCUGCAAGCAGUGGAAUGGUUAGGGAUACUUGAAGAUGAGCCAGUUCCUAUAGCAGACUCCAUUGUGGGGGCACUUGCCAAGCACAUGGAGCUGAAGCUGCCCUUUGGUGCUGGAGAACGAGAUAUGAUAGUUAUGAGAAAUGAAAUCGGUAUCAGGCACCCAUCUGGCCAUUUGGAAGAUAAAUUCAUCAGUCUGGUUGUGUAUGGUGAUGAUAAAGGAUAUUCUGCAAUGGCUAAAACUGUAGGGUACCCCACAGCUAUUGCUGCUAGGAUGGUUCUAGAUGGUGAAAUUGAUGCCAAAGGCAUGGUAAUUCCAUUGACGAAGAAUAUCUAUGCACCAAUUCUUGAGCGCAUUAGAGCAGAAGGCAUUGUAUGUAGUACCCAAAGCAUUAUCCGACAAGAACUAACAAGAGAUUGAGCUUGGGUUUUUUUUUUUUUUUUUUAAGGAUCUCAGUUAGGCUUCCAGUUUUAUAUACACAAUUGUGGGCCCACUACUUGAGAGUGCCUACAGACUGAGGCACAAAUUAUGCCCUUUAUAAAAUUAUCUACCUGCCUUUAUGUGGGCCUAAUGAAUAUUUAGAUGUAUAAAGGGUAGCACUUUUCCUUUCAAAACUGUGGGGGCUGUUCAAGUAUCCUGACCAGAGCCAAUUGGCUCAACAGGUCACAUCAUAAAGUGCCCAAAUCCUUUUGCCAUGAACAUACCUUACAAUGCAUUAUUACACUGUUUAAUACAGUAAUGAUGUAUUUGUAGUAUACACGUUGCUAAUAAAGAAGAUAUCUAAGGAGAUUUUAAACACAGUGUAUAUCUUUAGAACAUGAGUAUGUUAUUGGCAGAAGCAUGGAACUCUAUUGUAGGAAAAAUCUCAGGGUUAGGUCCAAAAAGGAUUUAGGACCAUAACUUACACCUUAGGUUCCUAAAUCCAAAAUUUAGAUCCUCUGAUCCCCACACAGCUGCCACCUAAUUCUGUAUGUGCCAAAAAUCCCUAGGCACAAAAAUUGCUUUUGGUAAAGUUCCCAUUGUUCCUAAAAAUGUGUCCGAGUAUGCAAAUAGCUGCCUUAGGUGCCCCGGUGCCACUGGGGCUUAGGCAUGAGCUAGGCGUCUUCCACCUGUUUCUCCUGCAGGGCCCAAUAUGUUAGCUGUUCUCAGAAGCACAUUCUCUCUGGUCUGAUGAAGAUUUAUUUAUACUCAGUGGAACAGCUUCAACAGGAGCAGGGGUGUGCACAAGGCGAGCAAGCUGGAGCAUGGACCCCCCCCCUCCCAAUAAUCAUCGGGGGCACAGAACUCCUCCAGGGCUACAGGGAGGAGAGCAAGCUCCUGCUGGAGCUGGGAUAGGAGGAGAAGGGAGAGGGAAAAGCGAGCUGGGGAGGAGAAGAGACAGGGAGCCAGAGCUGGGGGGAGAAGGAGGGAGGGAUGAGUGAGCUCCUGCUGGAGGAAGGGGGGGGGGCACAGAAUGUUUUCUCCUCCCACAGUCAAAGUUAAAUUUCUGCACACACCCAUGAACAUGAGAGACUGAGAGAAAACCGUACCAGAAUACCCCAUAGCCCGGUGGUUAGGCCACUCUCCUGGGAGUGGGGAGACAAAGUUCAAGGUCCUACUCCUCUUCUGGCAGGAAGGGGAACUGAACCUGGGGGUCUCCUAAAUCCUGGGUGAGUAUCUAAUCAUUGGCCUAAAGGUUAUAAGAGAGGAACAGCUCCUCCUCCUUUUUUGCUUGCUGCAAGAAAGGGCUUAGGUAUCUAACUCUAGGAAAGGGAUCAUGCCUGUGAAUUCUAAACUGAGAGAGGAGCCUGGAGUUAGCCACCUAACUCCCUUUGAGGGGUAGGGUUGAGCUAUACCCCCUCAAUUAUCAUUUCCUAUUGGCUAGCUUACAUGACUCCCCAUUCAGCAUGUUGGCUUUUGUGGAUUCCAUUCUUAGGCACCUAACUCUCCCCAUGCAUUGUAUAGGGAGCAUGGAUACAUAACUUAGCUAUGGAAGUCACUAGGUAGCAGGGUGCCUAAAAUGUUAAGCACUGUGAUGCUUAACAUUUAAAUCCCUUUUGUGGACCUAGCGCUUAUGUGCAUAUUAAUAUGACAGAAGUACAUCUGGUUAAUGAGUUCCAACCAGGAAUUAACUUUAAACAUUGUCUUGGUCUAAGUCUUUGACAAGUGUAUACCAAAGUCAGUACCAGAAGCAGAACUAAAUACUGAAUUUGCAUCUUGUUACCAAGAAAAUAUUGAUCAUGUUGUAAAAUAAAUGAAUAAUAUUUUUGUACAUCUCAGGGUAAUAUGAAAGCAAUUAUAACUUCAGAAACUCUAGUUCGCUAGUGACUUAAAUCAUGCAAAAUCUUGAAAUGGCAGUCUUGCAGGCUUUAAAUAUAAAAUCUGCAUUUUCAUAUCUGCCAGAUAUGAAAUUGGAAUAAAUAUACAGGUUAAUAGAGUGCUUAAAAAAAAAAAAAAAAACCCACACCAAAAUCCAUGUUUCUAGUUACUGAAUAGAAGCUUAUUAUACAUUGGAUUAAUAACUAUAGCAUGUAUUGCUUUUUUUUUUUUCCAGUUAAAAGGCAUGCAAUGGCAUAUAAAAGUACUCUACGCUUGGGAUUCGCAAGGGCAUUUAGGAUGUAAAUAUAGUGCAGUUAAAAUGUCAUUGGGAGAAAAGCUCUUAAGUCUGUUUACAUUUGAAUUACUCUUUCCACUUAACUUGGCCUAUCAAAUAAUGUAAUUACAAGGGUAAAAGAAAUACUGUUGUGCGCAAGGCCUUAAGAUAUUAUAGGCAGAGAAGUAUAAAUUCAGGAUGUACUAUUGUUUUUAUGCUGGUCUGUGGGUGUUCUCCUUCCUCUCUGCCUUGUCCUAGAACACAUUGUGAAAACAUUCAUCCAAUAUGUUAAUCAGUUAGGACUUCCACAGAGCAGUGUCUGGCCUGUAAAGCUGUCCUUCCCUCGUGUAAUAUUGACCUUUGAUUCUGGAAGUCUGCCUGCGUUUCUUCUUGGUGGUUCCCCACUGCACCCUUCUCCCUAGUUUACUAUGUCACAGCCCUGAGAGCUACCAGAGGUAAUUUUUGGUUUUGGAAGUGAGGCAGCUUGUCCAGUAGUAGGAAUCAGCUGCAAGCAUAGAUGAAGUUCAUGAUUAGAGGUAAAAAUAAACUAUUUUCACAGGAGUUAGAUGUUCUAGGGGCAGUAUUUAAUACAAUGAUGGUUGCCACAAAGUUGAGGAGAGAAGGUGGUAGAGGGAGGAAGCAGAAAGUAAGAGAUGGUAGAAAAAGUCCAAGGGUUAAAUAGGUGUCUAGGGAGGGAUUUAGUAGUGGAACUACUUCAUGAUCCCAGCUCUUGAUUCUAUUAGGUUACCAUGUCUGUUUUGAUGAUCAGGAUAAAUGGGUGAAAUCCUGAUCCCAGUGAAGUCAAUGGGAAAACUCCCAUUGGCUUCAAGAGGAGGACUGGGAUUUCACCCAAGAACUCUAUCUAGACCCCACCCCCCAACCCACUAAGCCAUGCAUUCAUUUCCCCCAAUGACAGAAAGCAAGUGCACUAAGAAAAUAGGUUUUUUUUCUUUUCUUUCUUUUUUUUUUUUUAAACUGAUUUCAGAGCAGGAGAGAAGGAACCACUCUGGUGUUUCUUUCACGAACUACCUCUGCCCCCUUUGAAGGGAUAGGAGAGAAUGUAUUGCUAUUUCCCAGCACUAGGGCUGUCUGUUCUGCUAGGCCAUUUUUCGAAACCAAAAAGCCACUGAAAGUCCUUUCUGAAGACUGUAGACUGGUCUUUAAAGUGAUAGAGGGAGAGUGCUGAAAAUUGUAUCAGCUGAUGCAUGGUGCUUAAAGAAGAAAAAUCUGGAGUUUAAAUUUUUAAAUUAUACUUUUGCGUGGAGUGAAAAUAGCUUUUUUGCUUUUUAAAUGUGGGAACUUCUGAUGUUGGAUUAUUUUGUAUACAACAUGGAUUUCUACAUGUAGAAUUGAUAGACGUCCAGGGCUUCUCUUGUGAAGUUUUCUGUACACAAUAAAUGUCUUUUGAAGCUGA